AUGUUUCGUUUUGAAUUUUCGUCAGCUGACCUUGAUUUGUCUGAGGAAGUAGAGCCAUCAGUUGAAACACACGUAGAGGAAAAUAAUAGUCAACUCUCAAAUUUUAAUGACAAUAAUUUACCAUUGGAUAAAAAUUCGCAUAUUCCAGCAAGUGAAUUAGCCAUUACGAGCCUGCCCUUUGUACUUCCAUCAAGUUUAAUGAUUGAAUGCGUCUUUACAUCUAUAAUGAAUGAUAAAGAGCCUAUUGUUUUCUACAAACGAUGUCUUUCCGAUGUAAAAUUUCAAAUAGCACAGAAUGAUGAAUUAGAAAAUGAAGUUAACCAGAGUUCAUACAGUUCUCCAAAAAUUCUAGAAUUGACUGAUGAUAAUGAUGUGGUGCAUGGUGUCUAUGAAGGUGGACUAAAAACAUGGGAAUGCUCAUUAGACCUGGUUGAAUAUCUUUCAAUCAAAUUGAAAGAAAUUAAUCUUAGUGGUAAUAAAAUACUGGAGUUGGGAUGUGGUUCAGCACUUCCAGGCAUAUACCUACUUUCUACUCAACCUUCUCUUUGCGUUGAUUUUCAAGAUUAUAAUGAAGAUGUUUUAAAAUUAGUCACAAUACCAAACAUACUUAUCAAUACAGUAUUACGACCGCAAUCAGAUGAAAUUUCCGAAUUAGAUAUUGUAGAAGAAACCAAUUGUUUGAAUCAAUUAAAAAAUAGCAGAUUUUUUAAAGGAGACUGGAAUGAAUUAAAUGAUAUAUUAAAUUUACAUUCAAAUCAGGAAAAAUAUGACAUCAUACUUUCUUCCGAAACAAUUUACAAUCUUAGCUCUAUUCCAAAACUUUAUAAUGUUAUUAAACAUGCUUUGAAGUAUCCAAAUGCAAAAACCAUUUAUUUUGGUGUUGGUGGUGGAAUAUUACCAUUCCGUCAAUUAAUUGCGAAAGAUCAUGUUUUUGAAGUUAAUGUAGUUUAUACAAAAACUGCUCAU